AUGACGGAAACUCCUGAAAUCGAAAAUAUGGACGAUAGAUUGACUCAAGAAGUUACUCUGUUGUCCACCAAGUUAGUUACCGCAGUUGCUAAACAGCUGGAGUUAGAAGAGAAAUUAUUACACAUGCAUAGAGACAAUACUCAAUUAAAACAAAAAUUGGGUAAGUUAGGUGAUAUUGAAACGAAAUAUAAUGAAGUAGUCUCCAAACACGAAGAGCUCACAAAGGAGCACGAGAAAGUGAAGCAGUUGAAAGAUACAGCUGAAGCGCAAAAUACUAAAUUGCUGGGAGAAGUUGAGGAUUUGACAGCGUCUUUAUUCAAUGAAGCCAACGAGAUGGUCAGUAACGCGUCCAGGGAGGCAUAUAACUUCAAGGUGAAGAAUCGUAAAUUGAAUGAAGAAAUUGAAGAGAAAAACACUAUUAUAGAUAACUUGCAGGAUCAAUUGAAAGAUUUAAAACAGUUAUUUUUCAGGAUCGAGGAACAGCACAAGCUUACAUUUUCAGGAACUGGUACUCCCAAACUAGAGCAAUCAAAUCAUCUAGAUGAUGAAAAUAAGAAUAACACGGAAGAAGAUGUAGAUAGUAACCCCCAGAAGUACGCGAAGCAACUAGAAACUAUUAUUUAUUCACCAAAUGUUGGUGCAAUAAGAUUUGAUCUAUCACAGUAUCAGCAAGAUUUCAAAGUUUUCAUUUAUACUAUAAUCAAACCAGAAUUUCAUAUGGAUUUGACAGCGUUGAAAAAUUUAAAGUUCUUUAGAAGUGUGUGGAGUGAAGAAUUGGAAAAUAGUUUCCCUAUUAUUCCAAAUCUAGCCAAUUCAAAUUUUAUAAAUAGAUGGCAAAAGGGAAAGAACUUUUGGAACCUCAUCGUAGAGGGCAAAGCAGUCAUCGAACCAAUAAGCGGUGUCAAUGAAACGUUUAAAUUGGCUUACAAGGGGGAUAAGCUUAACAAAGAUGUACCUGUUGCUACUAAGGAUCCUUGUAGUUUCUGCGGACAAUCAAAAGAUGAUAUUUUGGAACACUCAAGACUUUAUUCCUUGAAGUUGUUGAAUCCAGAUUCUUCAAGCGCUAAUACUGAAAGUCAGGACGUAAUAGUAAGUUAUCCAUUGUGUAACUACUGUCUUAUAAAGUUGAGAACUAUUUGCGAUUUUUUUGCCAAAAUAAGACUCAUCAGCAGCAAUGUAUAUAAAUUAAAGCAAAACACACAGUUCGAGGAGGCAACUACGCCAAAUUUCCAGUUCAAGAGAUCCUUUAAUGGUUCGAGUGAUUUGGAAGUCAAUAGUUCUCCUAAGAAUAAACAAGUCCUCACAAAAGAAGAAGAGGAAAUAGAAGAAUGCAAGGUUAUGAAGUUAUACUUCAUACUAAACUUAAUAAGAAGCAAGAUCUUCUGGAGUAAGCUCGGAUUCUGGGAUAAUGUGGAAAAUGUUCAUGAAAUAAAUAUCGAAGACUUGAAUCAUGAGGCUUUCAGGUCCCUCAUAAGAAAACCUGUUCAAGACAAUGCCAACGAAAAUAGCCAACCCAGUACCCCAACACUUCCGAACCAACCUGACUCUACUACAGCGUCUAGUGUGCCCAAACUGGGAAAUGAUACUUCAAAAAACAUCAAGGAUGUCUCAGAUAUCUCUGUAGAUACUGAUAAAUCUAAAUCUACAAAAGACCCUGCAUCUAAACCAACCAAACCCCAAGAGUUGUCAGAAGAGAAUGAGCUCGCAGACUCCUAUGGCAAGGACUUGGAACCUUCUUCGGAUAAGGACAACGAUGAGUUUGCUGAUACUUCCGAGAAUUUCCAGGAUUCUGAAGACCAGGUAUUGGCCAAUGACACUUCUGACACCAAGCAGCAGCUUGGGCGUAAAAAUUCCAAAUCAAAGCAAUUUAAGCAGAAAAUAGAUAAUGAUUUAGAUCAAACAUUACAGAUGCUCCAAGAAAGUAUUAACGAUGAAUAG